CAAAAAAUGAUUUGAACGGUCUGGUGAAAACCUGAAACGAUGGGCUUGGACAAAACCUCUAGGCUAACCCGUGAACAGCUGAUUAAAUCUGUUAAGAACGUUGGCCCAUCUGGUACAAAUUUUGAUCAAAUAAAUUAACCAGUCCGAAGAUGCUCCAAACUGAAUUUGCAUUGCAGUGAUGCAGUCCUUUUCCUUCGCAAGUCUCAACGCUUGCAUGCAGCCAUGCACACCGUCGCCACACGCCCUCCUCAAUUCGCUCUCGUCUCCCGACGAGCAUGGCGGGCAAAAAAGCUGAAACGUAGCGGACCCGCUCAAUUCUCUGAAUCCCUGACCCAGUGCACCUCUCCGAUCUCUCCACCUUCCCUUACCGUACGUCGUCGAGGCCACGCCACACGAGAUCGCGCUAGCCUCUGCGCCGUUGACUGCUACGAUGCCGAACGACGCGCCGCCGCCCAUCCACAGCGCGAAGGACGCCUUGGACGCCCUCGCGGGCAUCCUCGGGGGCGCGCUCCCGGGCUCCGUCGCCUCGGCCGACGACCCCGCGGCCGCGCUCCUCAGCGACCCCGACGUGGCCAGCGCCGUGACGGGACGCCUCCGCGGAUCCGGGUCGGGCGCCGGGAACGACACCCUCUGCCGCUGGCUCUACGACGCGUUCCGGUCCAACGUCGCCGAGCUCCAGCUCGCGGUGCUGCGGUUCGUGCCGACGCUGGCCGGGGUGUACCUGUGCCGCGCCGUGUCCCGGAAGCCGCUGGCCGGGUUCGAGGCCGUGCUCCUGGCGCUGUACGCGCACGCCGCGGCGCAGCGUGGCGCCGGGGAGGCCGAGACCGUGUCGCUCCCGAACCUGGCGAACCCGAGCCCGUACCACGACGCCAAGGUGCCGCCCAAGGGCAAGCCCGUCGACCUCGACGUCGCCGUGCUAUCCCAGCCGCUGGAGCCGCACGGCACCGUGCGCGCCACCCGACGCGCCCGCAUCGUCGGCGCGGUCCUGCAGCUCUACCACGGGAAGCUCGCGCACAUGCCGCUGUCGUCCAAGAUGGACUUCUGCGAGUUCUGCGUCGCCUGGGCGGGGACGAACAGCAAGCUGGACGGCGCCGACAAGCAGCGCCUCCCGCCCGCCCCCGACGGCGGCGCGGAGAAAUGGCGGCGGGUGCCGCUGCCGUGGGAGCUCUUCCAGCCGGUGCUGCAGAUCGUGGCGCACUGCCUGCUGGGCCCCACGGGGUCGGACGAGCUGAAGGCGCAGGCCGCCCGCGCCGCGGAGUGCCUGUAUUGGAGGGCCACAGAGACGGUGGACGCGCGCGCGGUGCUGGCCACCAGGAGCCUCGUGAGGCUGUCGCAGAUGGUGGAGGAGCCGAUCCCGGAGCCGUCUUUCUCUGGCGCCAUCGAGAAUAUGGCGGAGCUGGAGGCCAUGAGGGCCAACAUUCUCAAUAACACGAAGUGAUAGCAGCACACGCAGAGUAAAGCUGCACUGAUGAAUGGUGAUAACGGAUUCUGUUAUGAUAUACUUUUAUUUAUUUAUGGGUAGCAUUACAUCUGACAACCGGAUAGAAGAACUCCAAUCUCCCUCUCUCUUGUGUUGUCCAGCAGAGACAUUGAACGCAAUAAGUGGUGUAAUCAUUUGAAGCAAACAAUCAGAAUCGUUAAGUUUUUGAGCUUGUGAAAUGUAAAGAACUGCAUAGAGCUGUCAUGAUACCGGUAAGCGGUAACUUGGCUUU